CAGAUCCCGCGUCCCUGGGUCCAUUCUUCUUACUUUUAACAUAAGACAAGGACAAAAGUAAAGAGCACAGACGACGCAUCUCACAAUACAACAUCUGCUGCUAUUAUUACAAUGGCCGACGCCGCGCCAAACACGCCUCCUCAGGCGUUCACACAGAAGACUUCUGGUGGAAACAAUGCCUACCACAAUUUCCACAAUGACUUCUUACACAUUCAGGACCCUAACGAGCGCCGUCGUCUCGCCCUCGCCGAGAUUGACAAGGCUCCCUUCGGAUGGUACCAUGUCAGAGCUUGCAUUGUUGCAGGUAUUGGUUUCUUCACGGAUUCGUACGAUAUCUUCGCUGUCAGUUUGUUAAACACGAUGUUGGGAAUUGUCUACUACCCCGGCAAGGGCUCGCUACCUAGCUCUUCGGAUAACGCUAUUAAAUUGUCGACUUCCGCCGGUACUGUCGUUGGUCAGUUGGUCUUCGGUUAUCUCGCGGAUCACGUCGGUCGAAAGCGCAUGUACGGUCUAGAGUUGAUUAUCAUCAUCUUCGCUACCCUUGGUCAGGCUCUCAGCUCCGGUUCUCCCUCGGUUAACAUCAUCGGUCUUAUCAUCUUCUGGCGUGUACUCCUCGGAGUUGGUAUUGGUGGUGACUACCCGCUCUCCAGUAUCAUUACUUCCGAGUUCGCUACUACCAAAUGGAGAGGAGCUAUGAUGGGUGCUGUCUUUGCCAUGCAAGGUAUUGGUCAGCUUGUCUGCGCUUUCGUCAUGUUGUUCGUUACCCUCGGUUUCAAGGAGGCGCUUUCAGCCUCGUCGAAGCCUGCUAACUGCGACGGCUACUGCGCAAUUGCGGUCGACAAGAUGUGGAGGACUUUGAUCGGUUUCGGUGCUGUCCCCGCCUGCAUUGCUCUCUACUACCGUUUGACCAUUCCCGAGACACCCCGAUACACUUUCGAUAUUGGCCGUGAUGUCGAGAAGGCUGCCGACGACGUUAAGGCGUACAUCUCCGGCAAGUCUGAGGGCCACCCCGAUGAUGUCGCCCGCAUCCAAGCCCGUGAAGCCGCUCAGACCCAAAUGCAAAUCCCCAAGGCCAGCUGGAAUGACUUCAUCCGCCACUACUCCAUCCCCAAGAAUGGUCUGCUUCUGUUUGGUACUGCUGGCUCGUGGUUUAUGCUCGACGUUGCCUUUUACGGUCUAUCCCUAAACAACGCUAUCAUCCUCGAUGUUAUUGGUUACUCCACCAAGAACGCCGCCUCUACGUACGAGGUCUUGUACAACACUGCCAUCGGCAACCUUAUCAUUGUCCUAGCUGGUGCCGUCCCCGGAUACUGGGUAUCGGUCGCCACGCUUGACACACUUGGUCGUAAGACUAUCCAAAUGGGUGGUUUCAUCAUCCUUACCAUUCUUUUCAUUGUUAUGGGCUUUGCCUACUUCCACAUUUCCAGCAACGCUCUUUUAGCUAUUUACGUCCUUGCUCAAUUCUUCUUCAACUUUGGUCCCAACAUGACCACUUUCAUUGUUCCUGGUGAGGUCUUCCCGACCCGAUACAGGUCUACCUCGCACGGUAUUUCCGCCGCCUCUGGCAAGAUCGGCUCCAUCAUCGGCCAGGGUGCCAUCUCUACCCUGCGAACACGCGGCGCCACUACGGAUAACGCGGCUCCUUGGAUGGACCACGUCCUCGAGAUCUAUGCUCUAUUCAUGUUGCUUGGUUGUGUCACGACAUUCUUCAUCCCCGAGACCAAGCGCAAGACGUUAGAAGAGCUCUCAGGCGAGGACCAGCCCGCCCCCGCUCCCGUUGCCGAAGGCAGCAACCACAAGACUACCGAUUCCCUAUAAUAUAUCACCGACUUCACGUGGGUGCGAAAGGAAAAUUCAUAAAUUUGUUGUAUGUGGAGAACGUGUGACAAAGUCGCGGGGAACUUGACGGUUAGGUCCG